AUGCUUCCCAUCAUUUUGCUAAUGAUUGCCAGUAGACUGAUCAGAUCUGAUGAAAUCUGCUUCAACAAUUUGGGCUGCUUUACCGACGACGUUCCAUGGGGUGGAACAAAGCAAAGACCUAUUAAAAGACUACCCUGGUCUCCAGAGGAUAUUAAUAUACGUUUUUUGCUUUGGACAAGAAGCAAUACAGCAGCUUAUCAGGAAAUUUCUCCAGAUAAUCCUUCAACAAUUGAAAACUCGAACUUUGACCGAACCAAAAAAACUCGGUUUGUGGUUCAUGGGUAUAUAGACAAGGGAGAAGAAUCAUGGCUGACUGACAUGUGCAAGGCGAUGUUUGAAGUGGAAGAUGUGAAUUGUAUAUGCAUCGAUUGGGUACGUGGUUCAAGAACCCUUUACGAACAAGCUUCGAACAACGUUCGGGUUGUUGGUGCACAAACUGCAUACCUAAUUGAAGUACUGGAGAAAAAUUUUAACUACUCGCGUUCCAUAACUCACAUUAUUGGCCACAGCCUUGGCAGCCAUAUUGCCGGAGAAGCAGGGAAACGCUUGCCAGGGAUUGGAAGAAUUACAGGUCUCGAUCCAGCAAAGCCCUUUUUUAAGAAUACACCUCUCGAAGUUAGACUAGAUCGUUCCGAUGCUUUGUUUGUUGAUGUCAUCCACACUAAUGGUGCUCCGUUGAUUCCUUAUGUUGGUUUUGGACUGCUUGAACCUGUUGGACAUCUUGACUUCUAUCCAAAUGGUGGAGAAUUAAUGCCAGGAUGUGACAAAAAUAUUGUUUCAACAAUAAUUGAUAUCAGUGGUAUCUGGGAAGGUACUCGUGACUUUGCAGCAUGUAACCACUUACGGUCAUAUAAAUAUUAUACAGAGAGCAUUACAACCAAAAAUGGAUUCACAGGAAUCCCAUGUAACAGCUACAAUGACUUUACAGCAGGGAAUUGCAAUAAGUGCCUACCAGAAGGCUGUCCAUUAAUGGGGCACUACGCUGAUACCUUUCCUCUCGGAAAUGCUACUUCAGAGCCCAAAUUUUAUCUGGACACUGGCGACGCUCCAUCCUUUGCACGCUGGAGAUACAGAGUUUCAGUUAAAAUUACCUGUACUCGGAGCAUCAGAGGAUUCUUCAAUCUGGCUUUAUAUGGUCCCAAUGGAAAUACGCAACAACAUCGAAUUGCAAAAGCUCUGUUGGAGAACGGAAAAACAUUCACAGUUGACAUUGAUACAGAGAAGGAUGUGGGAGAUAUUACUAAAGUCAAAUUUCUUUGGAAUAAUAAGUUACCAAAUCUUUUUGGGCCAAAAAUUGGAGCAGAAACUAUAACUUUAUUGAGAAUAUAUGAUCAGAAAGAGUUUAAAUUUUGCGGAUCUGGAGCUGAAGGUGAAGAUAUUCUGCAAACUGUUUUGCCUUGCUCAAAUGCUUAA